AUGGUGGCCGAAAACCACGACGAUGAGAAUCUUCGCAAGAUGUUCCUCGACCUUGUCACACAGCUUCUGCUCGAGCAGCCUCUCAAGACACCUUUCGUCGCCGCCGUCGUACUUAUUAUCAACACUUUGAAACCCGAAUUCGUUGACGAGAUCCUUGGACGCAUUGCGCAAAACACGGCAGAGAAGAUCGCGCAGGGCGAAUGGCGUGAUGUGAAGCUGCUGCUCAAGUUUUUGGCUUGCCUACAGUCUCUGCUCGAGGGAGAUGGGCUCUUCCCGAUCUUGGAGGAGCUCUUCAGCCGAGCUGCGGACCUCCAGACAGCUAGCUCGGAUGAUACUAUUGGUACCGAGAUCGUCAAAAUCAUUCUUCUUACUAUUCCCUACAUCAUGGUUUCUUCCCCAGGACAAUUCCAGCAGAAAGCUGCCGAAUUGAUGGAAAAGACGGACAUCAUCGCCUCAGAGCCCCAUGCCCUCCAGGCCCUCGUCGACCCUUAUCAUCCUGAAGGCAAGGAGGAGAGCCCCGGCACAUCGUUGAGCGUGUGCAUGUUGCUCCAAAAGCAACUUCAGUCGGAAGCUGCCGAGGACUGGAAGCUAUCAUGUUUGCCGCGACCCUGGGAAAUGCCUCUGGAGGAUAUCGAUGCGCAAGACAAGCUUUCGAGCGCGCCCAAGCACGCUCUUCCGGCCAUUGCCAUCCCUGCGACAGUCAUCGCUGGACCUCGCCCCCUGUUUCCAGAGAUCUACUUCUCCGUAUACACUGACCAGGACGUACCCUCAGUUCCUGCUGUUACCGAUAUUGCUUCGACUCUUAUCCGGGACGGUCUUCUUGACACUAUCAACAUUUUGGACUUCAACCGUAACGUCACUGCUCGCUACUUGAUGGACUUGGAUUGCUACUUCGCUGAUGGUACUUUUGUCAAACGUGCUACGCCAUUUGAUGAAUUAAAGAACUUCCCAACAGGGAAGAACACAUGGAAACCGGAGGAUGUUGCUGUCGAUACCGUUUUUUCACAGUUGUUCCAACUGCCUACACCCGAACGAAAGGUUGUCUACUACCAUUCUGUUCUUACUGAAGCGUGCAAGCUGGCACCAGCAGCUAUUGCGCCCAGUCUUGGUAGGGCUAUAAGAUAUCUCUACCGAAACAGCCCCCGUUUGGAUCUGGCACUGAGCUAUCGCUUCAUGGACUGGUUUUCGCACCAUCUAAGCAACUUUGGCUUCACCUGGAAGUGGGCCGAAUGGAUAGAUGACGCUCAACUGCCUGACUACCACCCCAGCAAAUGGUUCUUGAAGGGAGCUCUUGAUAAGGAGGUGAGACUCAGUUUCGCUCAAAGAAUUCAGAAAACUCUCCCCGAACCCUAUCUACCAUUGGUCGGCCCUGAGAAGGAGAAGGAUGUUCCUGAUUUCAAGUUUAAGAAUCCUGAUACCCCGUUCUCUAAAGAGGGAAUGGAGAUUGCUGGUCUCCUGAGAAAGAAGGCUGCGGAUGAGGAGUUCCAGGCUUCCAUCGACAGCAUUCAGUCACAAGCUUCGGAGCAAUCCUUGGAUCCGUUGGUUACUAGCACGGAUGUCUUCGUGACCGCCAUCUGCUGGGUUGGCUCCAAGUCGCUGAGCCACGUUCUCGCUUGCAUUGACCGGGCCAAGGGCAGACUGCUUGACGCUGGUAACGCUUCAGAGGCAGCUCGUGCUCAGAUCAUAUCAGCGGUUAUGAGCUACUGGCAUGCGCACCCCGGCAUCGCCCUCUCCAUCAUUGAGAAGCUUCUCAACUUCUCUAUUCUUACACCGCUGACCGUGGUAGACUGGGCUCUCGUAGCCAGCACACCCGCAAACGGCACCAACGGAGGCGAGAGUCUAGCCGAGCCGCACAUCUUCGAGCUCGUUUCUAACACACUUUCCAAGGUUGCCACCCGCAGCCGCCAGACCAUUGCUUCUCCUGAUACUGACGAGGAAACGCGUGCCAAGGAAGUCAAGUCGAAUCAGGACCUUUUCCGCGCCACAAAUGAUGCCCUCGUCAGCUGGGCCGGCGGAAGCAAGGACGAGCUGAUGGAGGCGGGCGAUGGAUCAAGUGAUCGCGAGGCCAUGAUUCGACGAUGGGGCCAGCGAUGGCUGCGUGUCUUCAGCAGAAUGGGUGCUGUCGAGGAAGCGUUUGCUCUUGAGGCUGUUAAGAAUGCUGGCAAGGACAAGAUGGUAACUGAUGGAGCGGAGAAUUAG